GUGGGUGGUCAGGUUUUUAAAGGCUCAAGAUAUAAAAUCGAUCACCACACUAGCCUCGCUACAAACUUAACUAGUCUGUCAAGAUCAGCAGGUUUUAAUACUAUCUGCAGCAAUGGCAGCCACACAGAGACACGAGGACGAGCUAAUGCAGGCCAGCAAGAGAAAGGCCCAAACUGAGACCGACCCUGUGGAGCUCCUGCGCCUCAAGUGCUUGUCACGAGGGGCAGCUGGCAUCAAAGGAUUAGGAAGAGCGUUCCGGGUUUUGGACGAUGACGGUAGCAAAAGUUUAAGUUAUGAAGAGUUCAAGAAGGGAAUCCAUGACUAUCAAGUCGGCCUGGAGGAUGGUGUGAUCAAGCAGCUUUUUGCCACAUUUGACACGGACAAGAACGGAACACUGAGUUUUGAUGAGUUUCUAAAGGCUCUCAGGCCCCCCAUGUCAAAUUCUAGGAAGGAUAUUGUCAUGAAAGCCUUCCGUAAGCUGGACAAGACGGGAGAUGGAAUUGUCACCAUAGAGGAUCUCAGAGGUGUUUACAAUGCGAAAGAGCAUUCCAAGUUCAGAAAUGGUGUUUGGACUGAGGAGCAAGUUUUCAUGGACUUCCUUAAAAGAUUUGAUAGCCCCGACGACCCCGAUGGAAAAGUCACAAGUGAGGAGUUCAUGAGCUACUACUCUGGAUUGAGUGCCUCCAUCGACGGGGAUGCGUACUUUGACCUCAUGAUGAGGAAUGCCUGGAAGCUCUGAGCAUAUAUAAUAACUCUGCUGACAUAUAGAUCAAGGUAGCUAGUUAUACUUGAACAAUUUAACCAUUUGUAGCAUUUACGAUGAGUUUUGCACUUUCAGCUUCUUUCUGUUUACAGCAUUUUGCUUUUGUUCACUCGUUACAAUUACCGGUGUAUGAUGGUCAUAUCAGUUGUCCUGUCCUGG